CCUCUCGCUCGCUCGCCCUGCCCUGACGUGGCUGCCGUCGCUUCGGGGUGGGAGGCGGACAGCGGCAGGCGGCGCGGAGAGCAAACGAGAGAGCUGCUCCCGGCGGCGGUAGCAGAAGAAGCAAAGGAUGCUCCGGUCGCCAUGGCAGCAGCAGCGGCAAGAGGCUCCUGAGAUCCAUUUGGUGGGCCGUUGUGCAAGACUGAAUGCUUCCUAGAGGAACUAGGCCUGAUCCAGCAGAGCUCCUGACCAAAUAUUACUGGUAGCAAUAGUAAUGAAGACCAGCAAGUAGAUUGAAGGCCAAUUUUACUGGCGUACAACUGGUUCUAUAAAUUCUAAAUGGCUAAGGAACUUGGGGAAAUUAAAACCUUUCCUGCAGUUGUUGAUUGGGUAUCUAUGGAUUCCAGACCAGAGGACAAGGUUUGGUGGAUAGCCAGCCCAAGUGCCUGGCAGAAAAGCAAAGGAAGUUGGUCAUGUGUGGUCAUUCAACAGCUCAGUCAUGUCUUUUAAAAGCCAAGACUUUCAUCCUGCUUCCAAGUGAACUCUUCCAACCCUGUCCCACAAGAACCCUUUAAUUUUUAUUUAACAAUUAACAACAUUAAUUCAUCUUGGAGAGGCAACGUCAAAUGAGAUUACGGACAGAAGUUAAUUUUUGAAGACAGAGAAAGCAAGGCAGCAACAGAAGAAAAGAUGGCAACAGGGAAAAAAAUCUUUAUCGUUUAUUUACUUAGUUUUCUUAAGAUGCACUAUUCAUUGACACAUUUGGUGGCAGCUUAAUUUUUUAAAGGAAAUUUUAGCAGUAAUCUGAAUGAUAAAAUGAAUAGCACAAAUAUAUAACACGCCCAAAAACUAUUAUCGAAGCCUAUAGUAAAUCAGCAAUUAUACAGAUCAGUAAUUUAAUACAUGUAACAUCAAGGGACCUUAUAUUUUUCGCCCAAAAACCAUGUUGGACAGACAUAAGUUAAUAUCCUUAUAUAGAAGCUGUUCACUAAUAGUGGUCUUUUCUUUUAAGAAAAUAUAGGAAUCCUACAAUUCACUGAAGAUGCUAACUUUCCUUGAAAACAAAGCAGUGUCUUCACAGCAAAUAAGAGCAAUUCAGCUUUGUAUUGUCAGGGCCUAGCUUUUGCUCUAUACAAUUCAUUUUUCUGGAAUAAAAAUAUUUUUCUUAAAAAAAGAGAGAGAAAAUAAUCAAAAGAAAAAAGAGAUGAAUCAGAACCAUGUCCGAGAAACAUACGGAUCGGAACAAUGUACAGUAAUUUUAAAAGUGCAAGGGAUGUAGGUGAAAAGAACAACGAAGAGUGAAGAAAGACAUUAUAUGCACUCAUGGCAAUAGCUAGACUUUUUCUGCACCCCUCUCCUGUUUAGGAGAUAGGAGGAAGGAGGAAGUAAUCAUUGGGUUCUCUCUUCUGUGUGGAUUCAUAUCCCAGGAAGGAGGCUGCACAAUGAAUCGUGGAGGCGACAGCAGCUCCAUGGAGGAACUGUCCAAAGCUACUCUGCACACUAACUCACUUUGGUGGCUGGCUUGUGGGCUUCUUGCGCUGUUAGCCAACUCCUGGAUAAUCUUGAGCAUCACAGCGAAGCAACAGAAGCACAAGCCUCUGGAGCUCCUGCUCUGCUUCCUGGCAGGGACACACAUUCUCAUGGCUGCAGUGCCACUUACAACUUAUGCAGUGGUGCAGCUGCGACGUGAAUCUUCUGACUACGACUGGAACGAAAGCAUUUGUAAGGUCUUUGUCUCUACAUAUUAUACGUUGGCCUUGGCCACAUGUUUCACCGUGGCCUCUUUAUCUUAUCAUCGUAUGUGGAUGGUAAGGUGGCCAGUCAACUAUCGGCUGAGCAAUGCCAAGAAGCAGGCUCUGCAUGCUGUGAUGGGCAUCUGGAUGGUCUCCUUCAUCCUUUCUACGUUGCCAUCCAUUGGCUGGCAUAACAAUGGAGAACGUUAUUAUGCCAGUGGUUGCCAGUUUAUUGUCAGUAAGAUCGGCCUAGGAUUUGGUGUGUGCUUCAGCUUGCUUCUUCUUGGAGGCAUAGUCAUGGGCUUGGUGUGUGUGGGUAUUACUUUCUACCAGACCUUGUGGGCACACCAAAGGCAUCAUAGAUGCCAUCACCAAAGAACAGAAGAAUCCUCUUCUUGUCCUUCUUCAGUUCACAACACUUUCAAUGUGCCAGCCAUUGUAGUAGAGGAUGUCAGAGGCAAAAGAAGAUCUUCACUGGAUGGAUCUGAAUCUGCUAAGACUUCCAUGCAGAUGACCAAUCUCAUCAGCGCAAUUGUUUUUUUGUAUGACACGCUGACUGGUGUACCCAUUUUGGUGGUCAGCUUCUUCAGCCUACGCUAUGACACUGCUCCCACCUGGAUGGUGCUGGCAGUGCUCUGGUGCUCCAUGGUGCAGACGCUGCUACUCCCAUCAUUCAUCUGGUCUUGUGAACGUUACCGGGCAGAUGUCCGGACUGUCUGGGAACAAUGUGUAGCAAUAAUGUCAGAAGAUGAUGGGGAAGACGAUGGCCCUGGUGAUGACUAUGGAGAUGGGAGGAUCUGCAAGGUGCGAUUCAAUGCCAAUGGUGCUACAGCCAUGAAGCAGGAUCCUAGAGAUGCUAAGCUGCUGCCGGUACACCAUAUGCUGUUGCCUCAUGACAGUUUACAUUAUUUGCAGGUUCCUAUCUCCCGGAGGAUGUCUCACGAUGAAACCAAUAUAUUUUCCUCCCAUCGUUCGACUCCUUCCUUCCUUCACAAGUGGUCCUCAUCUGAUGACAUUCGGGUGGCUCCUCCACACAAACAUGGAGGACCAUCCAGUUUUCUGCCUCCAGAGUUCCGUAGCUACCAUCCCCGUCGACGUUACCCUGAGGAUGAGUUCACUACACUUCGGCAGUUUCUACAAACCGGAAUGGCUCGAGGACCUGGCUCCAGUGCUUGCUUCUUCCGCGAUGAGAUUACAACCUUUAUUGAUGAAACACCGGUGCCCUCCCCUCACAGCACCCCACGCCACUCACGCGUCCCAUUCACAGUACAGCGUGAGAGGCACCAUUCCCUAAAUGGCGCCGAACUAGAGGGCUCUGAUAGGAACCAACAGUGUUCAUUGACUGAUGGCGAAAGUCUAUACCUCUGUGCUGGAGAACAGGGGCCUAGCAAAUGGAUCAUGGGAGCUCAUGGGGCACAACCCUUGCAGGAAGUCAUCCUAUACAAUGGCACCAAAGGCAAUAGCUCUGCUGUGGAUUUUUAAGGAAAUCCCAGAACUCAAAAUUUAGGCUCCCGUGUUUUUUCUUGAUACUCCCAAGAGGAUAGGAGUUAUGCCAUAAGGGAACCUGAUAUGGAGGGGAGAAUAGUAGUGAUAGGGUAGAAAAACGUCACAGCUGGAGAGCACAAUGGCAUCCUGCUCUCAGUGGACAACUUUAGCCCAGACCACCCUAGUUAACUGAGGGCACUCUUUCUCUGCUCUCUAUCUUUGGCAGUGUUGUUAGCACUAUCCAUUUCACACCUUUCUUAGCUCCACUCAUUGUGAGAGAAAAAAAAUCGGGUGCGGUGAGAAGGAAUAUAUAUUUAUAUAUGGAAGGUAUAUUCCAUAUAUAUAU